AUGGAUGUGUUUCAACAUUUCGAGAGUGGUGGCGAGUUCUUCUGCUUCGCUGGACAGUCAAACCAAGCUGUUACAGGAAUGUAUAACCUUUAUAGGGCUUCUCAAAUGGUGUUUCCAGGAGAGAAGAUACUGGAGAAUGCCAAGACGUUUUCAUCUAAAUUCCUAAGGGACAAACGAGCCAACAAUGAACUCCUGGAUAAGUGGAUUAUAACCAAGGACUUACCUGGAGAGGUGGGGUAUGCCCUAGAUGUCCCAUGGUGCGCCAGCCUACCUCGUGUCGAGACAAGGUUCUACUUAGAGCAUUAUGGUGGUGACGACGACGUUUGGAUUGGCAAAACCUUAUACAGGAUGCCUUACGUUAACAAUAACAUCUAUCUUGAGCUUGCAAAAUCGGACUACAAUAACUGCCAAGCAUUGCAUCAUCUGGAAUGGAACCGCAUGCAAAAAUGGUAUGUAGAAAGCAAACUUGGACAGUAUGGGAUGAGCAAAACAAGCCUUCUCUACGCAUAUUAUUUGGCCACAGCAAAUGUGUUUGAGCCAGAAAGCGCCAAUGUGAGACUUGCUUGGGCUAAGACCACAGCUCUGGUUGCCUCAAUCAUGUCUUACUUUGACAGGGAACACAACUCCAAGGAGCAGAGGAUGGCCUUCGUGCAGUAUUUCAGAAAUAGCGAGAGUACCCCAGGUUAUGCAAAUAAUGGAAGGUACCAAACAGGACAUGGGCUUGUCCAGACUCUGCUAUCUGCUUUACAACAGUUCUCUCUGGACGCACUGGUGGCGCACGGUAGAGACAUUCACCACCGAUUGCAUCAGGCUUGGGAAAUGUGGCUGCUGAAGUGGGAAGAGAAAGGUGAUGUGUACCAAGUGGAAGCAGAGCUCCUAGUGCGCACUAUAAAUCUGUGCGCCGGCCGCUGGAUAUCGGAAGAGCUAUUGUCCCAUCCUGAGUACCAGUGCCUCUCGGAUACCACCAAUAGAGUCUGCCACCAACUUCGUCAAUAUCAACCCAAUAAGGAUCAUGGAAUGGACAACUCUGGCAGCAUGGCAACAAUCCAGAUAGAAUCAGACAUGCAAAAACUGGUGGAACUAGUGCUGUGCAACUCAUCAGAUAAUGGUCUCAAUCCUGAUAUCAAGCAAACAUUUCUUACAUUAGCAAAGACUUUUUACUAUACUACCCUUUGUAGCCCUGCAACUAUCAAUCUACAUAUUGCCAAGAUACUCUUUGAAAGAGUACUUUGACUCUAGAAAAG